AUGGCUUCUGUCGCUCCUAAAAUAGCACGCAAGUUGUCGUUUGCUCAGAAGGUUAAAGCCGCUUUUCACAACUGGUAUAUUUAUGCUUGUGGUUACAGACAACUUGGUAAGUCAAUCUGACUCUCAAGAACAUUAUUCUGUGAUCGCUAGAAUCAAAUGUUUGACAUUUUACCGGCUCUGGCUCGUUGCAUAAUAUAGGGGGGAUUUGGGGAGUUUACUCUAGUAUAGGGUAGCAAAAUUCAGCUGAACUAGCUCUAGUAUAGGUUAAGGGUUCCAGGGUCCCAGCGGCACAUCCCCACCCAGAAAUUCCUAAAGUACACCGCCCCCCCCCCCGGGGGGGGGGGUCUGACUAAGUUCAUCUAGUAUCUGGGCCCUUGUAUGAAGAAAAAGACAACAAAACAAUCAGAACUUUGGUUUUUUACUUCUUCGGGUUUAUGUUCUAGGGCUUCGUAAGGAUGAUUUGUUAAUGGAUGACCAUCCAGAUGUGGUUGAGGCCAUUAAACGUCUUCCCCCUGAGGAGCGGGAUUUCAGAAACUUCCGCUUAAAGAGAGCUAUGGAUUUGACAAUGAAACAUAUCAUUCUGCCAGAGGACCAGUGGACAAAGCCUAAUGAGGUAUAAAUGUCUUGCAUGUAUAAUUUAUUUUAUUUGUUUUAUUUUUUUGUUUUUUUAGUCACUCAUAUUACUUAAAAUAGAAUGUCUCAAGAGGUGUUUUAAAUAUAAGUUUUUGUGACAAGGAAACCAAAAGAAGCCGGGAGCUUAUAUUAGUAGGCUUCUUUAAGCUAUAUUACAAAAGCUUACUUGAUUGUAGAGAGUGCAGAAAACAUAAAACUUAAGCGACAGAACGACUAUCAAUGAGAUAAUUUUUCAAAUUUUUUAGGAAAACAAAAACAAAUAUGGAAGAAGUGUUGUGCUUAUUGACUUCAAAAAAGAUAUUAUUUUUAUAUUCAAAUAAUAAUAUAUUUUCUUAAAAUGGAAAAAGUGAAAUACGGUUGACUCGUGAUAACUCAAACCAGAAUGAUUAAUGUUAUAUUUGAGCUGGACUGAAAAAAAUUACUGUGAGACAAAGAAUACACAAUUUUUUCCCAACUUAUCACGUGUUUAAAACAUGGUUCUAGUUAUCCAGGGGAAAAUUAUAUAGAACUGAUUUGAAGGGAAACAAAAAUUACUUCGAGUUAGUGGGGGGUUCGAGUUAUCAAGGGUUAUUGAGUUACUGGGUGAAAAAUACAGUAAAUGUAUGAAGGAAAUCAAGGGGAAAUUUAUUUUGGGGGUUUGAGUUAGUGAGAGUUUGAGUUAUCGGGAGCCGACUGUUAAUUAACAACUACUGGGUAAUAAAUUGGAAAAUUAUGACAAUAGCGUUGGUGGAAACACAUUUUUAAACAUGAUGUGAGAAUAUCUUGUUACUUGUAGCAACAAUUUACUCCUGGCCCUCUUCGUUCAAACAUCCAAUAGUGCUAUCCAAUGGAUGAUCACUGUCCAGCAAAUAAGUAUUAGGGAAACCGAUUGCAUAAUCCAGUGGAUAGUGAUUUAUUCAGUGGAUAGCGUUAUCCACCUUUUGAAUAACUGGGGCCAGUUGCCCGUUUCUCGAUAGUCCCGAUUAUUAAGGGGCCCGGUAAGCUGUCCCCAUUUACAUUUAAGAUCAAGGUUUUAGUUUUGCAUCUAACAUGGUGAAACUAUCAGUUAGUGAAACAAAAUGGAGUAGUUUGUUAGCCAGGACCUGAGCUCAUAUUCUUUAUAUUUCGAUUUGAAUAUUAUUUUGAUUUCGGGCCCGAAAAGUUACCGGGACUUUCGAGAAACAGGCCCCUGAACUACAAAAUUAAUGUAUAUGGCCACCCUCACUCCACAAUGGCCAAUCUCUGCAGAACAACAAGAGUCGCUUAAGGUUGUCCCAGCUGCCAAAAAUAAUCUCUCCACAAUAGCCAUUUAAAGGUGAACGAUGUGCAAACUGAUGUACUUGUUUCUCUUUUAUUUAUUAUACUUUUAUUUUGAUUGUUUUAUGUGUUAAUGUGUUGGACACCUGAAAGAAGCAUCUUUUAAAUAAAAAAAUGUUGUAUGGUUACGCCCCCCUUCCCAUAACAGCCACUUAACAUUUUUUCCCAAGGUAUCUGUUACUUAAAGCGAGAUUUGAAGUUUAUGUACUUAUGUUUUUACUGCUUCUUUCUGGAAUGGAUGAAUCUCUCAUUUAGUCACCUAUGCUAUUUAUUCUCUUCUAGGACAUAUCUUACCUACGUCCUUAUAUUGAACUUACCAGGAAAGAGAGAGUAGAACGUGAACAGUGGGAUCACCAAUGAUAAAUUAGUUAUGCCAUUUUCUUUUACCAUUUUUUUUGUCACAAAAUUAAGUUGUGAAAUUUUCUAUGCCUGGAACAGAACUUUGG